CCCACUCCUCGCUCCCCAACCAUUCUCCUCCCCUUGCUCCAGUGCGGCGGCGCGCUCUCCGAACGCAGUUAUGCUGGGGGACGGGCGGGGGCGCGCGCUCGGAGCUCCCGGGCCAGGGGUCGGCGGCGCGCUGCCAAAGGGCAUCCCAGGAGGGAGGGCCGGGUGAGUUGCAAGUCCACUCGGCCGCCGCCUGAACUCGGAAGUGCAGAAAGAGAGAGCGGGUGGUUGUGCACGUCUCUGCUGCCGCCCGGGACAGCCCGGAGGGACAUCUUAUGGAUUUCUCCAGGAUCCUGCAAUAAGUAGCAAUGCUACCCAGAUGGGAACUGUUUCUCUACCUGCUCGUUUCUCUAGGUUUCCACUUUUAUUCUUUCUAUGAAGUCUACAAAGUCUCUAGAGCACAUGAGAAGUCACUGGACCAAGAGUUUGAGCUGGAGACAGAUGCUUUAUUUGGAGGAUUAAAGAAGGACCCUACUGACUUUGAAUGGAGCUUCUGGACUGAAUGGGGGAAGCAGGAACUGGUCUGGCUUUUUCUUGGCCAUGUGGCCAUGUCUCAAAUUGCCAUGCUCUUCAUGGGAAAGCACAGGCCCUGGUUUCUCAUGGUCUAUGGAAUGGGGGCCUGCUGGUACCUGAUGGGAGCUCAUGGCCUGGCAAUGGUUUUCCUCCACACCAUCAUUUCCUUCUCUGUGGCCCAGUUUCAGUCCACAAUCUUGUCAUGGCUGUGUUCCUUAUUGCUACUUUACACGCUGCAGGUUCAAGCUCUGGAAGAUGUAAAGAGAGGAUGGUAUAAAACAGAGAAUGAGUAUUACUUACUGCAGUUCACUCUGACGGUUCGAUGCCUCUACUACACCAGCUUCAGCCUUGAGUUCUGCUGGCAAGGACGGACCCCCAAGGGCUCCCCCUACUCCUUCUUCUGGCUAUUGGCUUAUGUUUUUUACUAUCCAGUCUUGCACAAUGGUCCCAUCCUCAACUUUUCAGAGUUCAUCAAGCAGAUGCAGAAUCAAGAAUCUUAUUCCCUAAAGGCCAAUCUUCAAAUUUUUGUCCUGGGAGUAAGUCGCCUUCUCUGCUGGUGGUGGUUGGCUGAACUGCUGAUUCAUUUAAUGUACAUGCAUGCUCUAUAUAGUAGUAGUUUCCUUCUGGAAGUUAUAUCUUCUUGGGCCUUAGGUGGACUAGCAUUAGCCCAAGUACUCUUUUUUUACGUGAAGUACUUGGUCCUUUUUGGUGUUCCUGCCCUGGCCAUGCAGCUGGAUGGACUCCGACCCCCUGCCCUUCCCCGAUGUGUGAGCACGAUGUACAGCUUCACUGGAAUGUGGAGGUAUUUUGAUGUUGGGCUUCAUAAUUUCCUAAUCCGAUACAUAUAUAUUCCGAUGGGAGGCUCCCGCCAAGGGGUGCUGGGAAUGCUGUUUUCCACAGCAAUGACCUUUGCAUUUGUGAGUUAUUGGCAUGGAGGGCAUGACUAUCUAUGGUGCUGGGCAGUGCUGAACUGGGUAGGAGUGGCAAUGGAGAAUGGAGUCCGAAGGCUUCUGUCAAUUCCCUUCAUUCGUGACAGUUUGGCCCAGCAUCUGUCCCCGCAAGCUCGCCAUCGACUGCAUGCUACCCUGGCUGGUGCCUCCACAUCAAUGCUGAUUCUGUCCAACCUGGUGUUUCUUGGGGGGAAUGACGUUGGGAAAAUCUACUGGAAAAGAAUCUUCUUGCAAGGUUGGCCGUGGGUGCACCUCUCAGUCAUGGGAUUCCUAUAUUCCUACUCCCACGUGGGCAUUGCCUGGGCUCAGACUUAUGCCACAGACUAAUACUACCUGCCUCCUAUUCCUGCUCAGACCUCCAUUUUAGGAAGAUCACCUUGACAUCUGAGUGGAAUGUGGACUGGAGUGGGGAGAGGCUUAAGACAAUGAAAUCAUUGGCAUAAGAGGGCUCCCCAUCAUGAUUUCGGACCUGAAGGAUUACUCACUCAGGGGAACUCAGGAAUUAUCUUCUACAUCACCUUCACUAGAUUUGUCCAAGACAUCUCCAGGGGAGCCCAACCUGGGGCUGAGAACUUGAAAUCACACAGCAUAUUUACAUACCAGAGGAAUUUUAUAUUUAAA